AGUGAUUCUUCUAUCCACAGCUCAUUUUGGUGUGUGUGUGUGUGUUCAUGGUUCAUGUUGAUGGUGUUUUGCAGCCAUAUAUUUAAUUUGGCCAAGCCGGAUUUUUCUGGCGCCUCACUCGCGACGUGCUCCUCGAAUUCCUGUCUUUGACGUCCGUGGAUAGACGCAAGAUGGGUGUGGUCUAUUAUUAUGAAGAAGUACUUUGUGCAAGUGCUGUUGGAAUCCACAGCAGCUGCCGUGUUUUGGUGCACCGACCGCUUCGCCUAGGGAUCCAAGUACUGUACCUGAGCAGGUAUGACUGGAUCCCUAUAGGGACACAUGUUGAAGUCGCUGAAAGCUUGCUCUCUCCUCUCAUCGCGGCCCCACUUCGUCUCUCCUAUCCGACGCAUGAAGCUGCUGGGCAGGUUUGGAAUCAUCGGAAUCGGUCAUUCUGUCGGUCCCGCCGCUUCGGGGUAGGGGUGUCCCUAUACUCAUUUCAUCUCAUGACUGUCUCGAUGAAUGGGGCGGUCAAUAUGGGCGAUUUCGGUGAGACAUCGCUCACAACACGUCGCCCUUUCCGUCAGAUCUCCACGUGUUGGUUUUGUUCGUUCUUUUGUUGGCAUCGCCGAAGCACUGGAGCUUUAUAGCAUUUCUUUAAAAUAGAGUCUCAUCAUCUUUAGUGGCUCGUUGGCCUUUCGCGGAGCUGUCCAAAACAGCGUCCUCUUGGUUUUUCGUGGGUGAACCAAGGGCAAGGAGGAGACUACGAGUAACAGCUCCAGCAGGGAGGAGCAAAAGAUGGAACGUCAUCGUCAACUCUUGGCUCUGAACAAGAUGAAGAUUGUGAAGUUUCUGAAGGAAAACGGUUUCCACCGAGAGGUGAACGCCCGGAGGCACUCCUCCGAGGCAGACUAUUCCUAUCCCCUGCAUGAGGCCGUGAAGAUGGAGAAGGUGGCGAUGGUGGAGAUGUUAUUGCGCUUCGGCGCCAAGAGCCACCUGAAAGACUCCAAGGGGCUUGAGGCCAUUGCGUAUGCGCAAGGGACGACACGCACGGAGAUCCUCAAGAUCUUCGAGAUGUAUCGCUGCCCCAACGGCUGGGAGCCGCUCUUCGCCAAGCUCCAGCAGCACCCCUACGCCAUGCCCCCUGCGGCGGCCGAGCCGGCCGACGCGGUGGCGCACCGGCCGACGUGGGCGCAGCGAGUGCGUGAGGCCUUGGGGGGCACCAAGACCUCCCGCGAGGGCCCACGUCCGCAGCGCAGCGACAGCAAGAUUUCCAAAUGCACCUCAAGCACCUCUGGAAGUCGUUCCACUUCGGCAAGUUCCAGUCCUUCCUCCAGCUCCACCAAGAUUCAAUUGUAAGAAAGUUGUCGUGCACCUUCCAAAGUCUAUCGGGGGAUGCCUGCACAUGGUUUCCUUGGAAAGACGACGAAAGGUUUUUGCCCCAAAGGCAGCGGUGGUUCAAGGUCUUCUCCGAGGAGUCGGGCCAACGACGGUGCAAUGAGACUUUUUGGUAUACUCUACAAAUCUGUACAAUUUAAUUAUCUAUUUUAUGGAGCGCCGAGUGUCGGACGUGGUCUGCUUGACGCAGCUUCCUCCUCGUUUGCCGAUGGAGCAUCGCGACGAGAGGCAGAUCCUUCCAGCACCCAAACAAGAAACAUGUGCUGA